AGGGCGCAAAGAACACACUCAGGGUACAACUCCAUUUAUAACUCCACCAACUCCACCACCUCCUCCAAGCACAACUGCACCAGGUACAACAACUGCACCAGUAACAACAACUGCACCAGGUACAACGACUGGACCAGUAACAACAACUGCACCAGGUACUACAACUGGACCAGUAACAACGACAGGACCAGGUACUACAACUGGACCAGUAACAACAACGGGACCAGCUACAACAACGGGACCACAAACAACAACUGCACCAGGUACUACAACUGGACCAGUAACAACAACUGCACCAGGCACAACAACUGGACCAGUAACAACAACUGCACCAGGUACUACAACUGGACCAGUAACAACUGUACCAGGUACAACAACUGGACCAGUAACAACAACUGCACCAGGUACAACGACUGGACCAGUAACAACAACUGUACCAGGUACAACAACUGGACCAGUAACAACAACUGCACCAGGUACUACAACUGGACCGGUAACAACAACUGCACCAGGUACUACAACUGGACCAGUUACAACUGCACCAGGUACAACAACUGGACAAAUAACAACAACUGCACCAGGUACAACGACUGGACCAGUAACAACAACUGCACCAGGUACUACAACUGGACCAGUAACAACAACUGCACCAGGCACAACAACUGGACCAGUAACAACAACUGCACCAGGUACUACAACUGGACCAGUAACAACUGCACCAGGUACAACAACUGGACCAGUAACAACAACUGGACCACAAACAACAACAGGACCACAAACAACAACUGCACCAGGUACAACAACUGGACCAGUAACAACAACUGCACCAGGCACAACAAGUGGACCAGUAACAACAACUGCACCAGGUACUACAACUGGACCAGUAACAACUGCACCAGGUACAACAACUGGACCAGUAACAACUGCACCAGGUACAACAACUGGACCAGUAACAACAACUGUACCAGGUACAACAACUGGACCAGUAACAACAACUGUACCAGGCACAACAACUGGACCAGUAACAACAACUGCACCAGGUACUACAACUGGACCAGUAACAACUGCACCAGGUACAACAACUGGACCAGUAACAACAACUGGACCACAAACAACAACAGGACCAGGUACAACAACUGGGCCAGUAACAACAACUGCACCAGGUACUACAACUGGACCAGUAACAACAACUGCACCAGGUACUACAACUGGACCAGUAACAACAACUGCACCAGGCACAACGACUGGACCAGUAACAACAAGUGCACCAGGUACUACAACUGGACCAGUAACAACUGCACCAGGUACAACAACUGGACCAGUAACAACAACUGGACCAGGUACAACAACUGCACCAGGUACAACAACUGGACCAGUAACAACUGCACCAGGUACAACAACUGGACCAGUAACAACAACUGCACCAGGUACAACAACUGGACCAGUUACAACAACUGGACCAGUAACAACAACUAGACCAGGAACGACAACUGGACCAGUAACAACAACUGCACCAGGCACAACAACUGGACCAGUAACAACAACUGGACCAGUAACAACAACUGCACCAGGUACUACAACUGGACCAGUAACAACUGCACCAGGUACGACAACUGGACCAGUAACAACUGCACCAGGUACAACAACUGGACCAGUAACAACAACUGUACCAGGUACAACAACUGGACCAGUAACAACAACUGCACCAGGCACAACAACUGGACCAGUAACAACAACUGCACCAGGUACAACAACUGGACCAGUAACAACAACUGCACCUGGUACAACAACGGUAUCAGGUACAACAACUGGACCAGAGACAACAACUGCACCAGGUAACAAACGUGA